GGUGCUGCCUUUCUGGGGUCAAGAAAUAUUCAAGGGACGAAUAACAACGUAACACGACAACACGGAUUUUGGAAAUGAGUGGUGCGGUUUCUGCUAUUUUACAAGAAAAAUGGUUAUGGCUUGAGAAGAUAUAUUAUCCGGAGACAGGAACCGCGUUGACGCUCCGGUCGGAUCAGAAGACCAUUCGUUGAUUUUGCGCUUAUAAUAAUAACAACUGGGGAUCCUGGAUGCUAAUUGUGGUAUUUCUGCAACUCCGAAUGGACAAAUGAUGUGACGCGAGGUGGAUUUAAUGACAUUUGGAUUGCACCUGAUGGCUAGAUGUGAUCUAGCUGCUAUAUCUUUUAUGUGAUAUAUGCAUUGUUCUCCAAAACGAUGAUGUGUGCUGCUGCGGCAGCGGCCGCCGGUGGAGGGAUUCUCCCCUCCUCAUCGCCGUCGAUGGGGCUGGGUGUCCGGGUGACUUCUGGAGCAGGAGCCGAUCUCUCCACCAAUGGUUCGGGUAUGGGUUCUUGUCCGACACCCGGAGCCCAGUCGGAUUGUCGAACUCGGUACCAGCUUUUACUCUCAGGGCGAGCUCUGGCGGAAAGAUACAGGCGGAUUUAUACCACUGCUAUCAACGAUAAAGAGCAAGGGAUAAAUCAAGGAAGGGGAAAGAAGGCUUUGAGUAAGAAGAAACUGAAAAGACGACAGAAGGUCAAGUCAAAAGUCAAAUCAAGGACAAAGGCCGAUAGUCUAGAUGGAGCCCUCUGCGUGCCGGACAUCAAGCUGCACAGCAACCCAUCUGCAUUCAAUGUCUACUGCAACGUGCGGCACUGUGUGCUGGACUGGCAGCAGAGAGAAGCCUCCUUAGCGCUUGCCUCCAGGAGCUCGGUGCAGAGCGGCGACUCAGACAGUGAGGAGGAGGAGGAGUACCGCGAGCCAGCCGUCAAGCUGCCAAAGAUCAUUGGCAUCGGCCUGUGUGGGGUAUUUGAGCUGAUAAAAGAGACACGGUUCUCUCAUCCCUCACUGUGUCUGCGUAGCCUGCAGGCCUUGUUGGACAUGCUGCAGGGACAACAGCCUGAGGGCUUCCAGACUGAACCUCCCGAUGUUUUAGAGUCUCUCUUCCAGUUGUUGUUGGAGACCACGGUCCGGAGCACAGGACCCAAUGACCCGACAGGACAGGCCAUCACCGCCCUGUCCUGCGCCUGCCUCUUCAGUCUGGUGGUGUCCUGGGGUGACACAGGCAAAAUCCUGCAGGCGGUCUCUGCCAUCCUCACCAACAACGGCAGCCAUGCCUGCCAGACAAUACAGGUGCCCACCAUACUGAACGCACUACAGAGAAGUGUACAGGCUGUCCUGGUGGGAAAGAUUCAAAUCCAGGAUUGGUUCGGGAAUGGCAUCAAACGCGCAGCCCUGAUGAACAAAUGGGUCCUGAAAGAGGUGGCCAUUGACGACGAUGAGCGCUGUCUCCUGCAGACUGACGGUUCCUUUCUGUAUUUGCUCUGCAAGGAUGGACUCUACAAAGUGGGCUCUGGAUACAGCGGCACUGUCAGGGGCCACGUGUACAACUCCACAUCUCGUAUCAGGAAUCGAAAGGAGAAGAGAUCAUGGCUGGGUUUUGCUCAGGGGUUCUUGUUGUAUCGGGACACAAGUAACCAUAGUAUGUCGGCCAUCAAGAUCAACCCUGAGACUCUGGAACCUGAGGGGGCUGUCACUAUGCCAGGUCAACACGCAGAUGGACAGAACAUAAUCUUCACAGACGGCGAAUACAUCAACCAGAUCGCAGCCUGCAAAGAUGACGGUUUUGUGGUGCGGAUCUAUACGAUGAGCUCAGACCCGGCUCUGCAGCAGGAACUGCAGCUGAAGCUGGCAAGGAAAUGUCUGCACGCCUGCGGCAUCUCUCUCUUUGACCUCGAGAAGGAUCUGCACAUCAUCAGCACAGGCUUUGAUGAAGAGGCAGCGUUGCUUGGAGCUGGCAGGGAGUUUGCGCUGAUGAAAACUGCCUCGGGAAAGAUCUACUACACAGGAAAGUACCAAAGCCUGGGUAUAAAGCAGGGUGGCCCGUCCGCAGGGAAAUGGGUGGAACUGCCUGUCACAAAGUCUCCCAAGAUCCUUCAAUUCUCAGUCGGCCAUGAUGGCUCUCAUGCGCUUUUAGUAGCUGAAGACGGAAGUGUGUUCUUUACAGGCUCCGCCAGCAAAGGAGAGGAUGGAGAGUCCACUAAAAGUCGCAGACAGCCUAAGCCCUACAAGCCUAAGAAGAUGAUCAAAUUAGAGACCAAGACAGCAGUGUACACAGCAUGCAACAAUGGCAGCAGCAGCAUUGUCACCAAGGAUGGAGAGCUCUACAUGUUUGGCAAAGAUGCCAUUUACAGUGACAGCACCUGCCAGGUGACGGACCUGAAAGGUCACUUUGUAACUCAGGUUGCCAUGGGAAAGGCCCACACAUGUGUCCUGACUAAGACUGGAGAAGUGUGGACAUUUGGAGUGAAUAAUAAGGGUCAGUGUGGCAGAGACACUGGAGCUAUGAGCCAGGCAGGCAAAGCAUUUGGUGUGGAGAGCAUGGCCACAGCCAUGGAUGAGGACCUGGAGGAUGAGCUAGAGGAGAAAGAGGAGAAGAGCAUGAUGUGUCAGCCCGGCAUGCACAAGUGGAAGCUAGACCAGUGCAUGGUUUGCACAGUGUGUGGAGACUGCACUGGCUACGGUGCCAGCUGUGUCAGCAGCGGUCGGCCAGACAGAGUACCAGGGGGUAUCUGUGGCUGUGGGUCCGGGGAGUCUGGCUGCUCGGCCUGUGGCUGUUGCAAAGCUUGUGCCAGGGAGCUGGAUGGUCAGGAGGCCAGACAGAGAGGCAUCUUUGAUGCUGUGAAGGAGAUGAUUCCAUUGGACCUGCUGCUAGCUGUGCCUGUCCCUCCCCCUCCAGGAGUGAACAUCGAGGAGCACAUUCAGAUCCGUCAGGAAGAGAAACGGCAGAGGAUCAACCGCCGACACAGGCUAGAGGAGGGCCGAGGCCCCCUUGUUUUUCCCGGUCCCAUUUUUAUGAACCAGCGUGAGCAGGCCCUAGCCAGAAUAAGACCCCUUCAGGCACUAAGGCAUAAACGGGACAAGCACAAAGAUGGCAGCAGCGAGCGUGGAGAGAAGGAUGCCAGUAAAAUAACCACCUACCCACCAGGGGCAGUGAGAUUUGACUGUGAGCUGCGAGCUGUGCAAGUCAGCUGCGGUUUUCACCACUCAGUGGUGCUGAUGGAGAAUGGAGAUGUCUACACAUUUGGAUAUGGCCAGCAUGGCCAGCUAGGCCAUGGUGAUGUCAACUCCAGGGGUUCUCCAACUCUGGUGCAGGCCCUUCCAGGUCCCAGUAUCCAGGUGACAGCAGGCAGUAACCACACUGUUGUUCUCCUUAUGGAUGGGCAAGUCUUCACAUUUGGCAGCUUCUCGAAAGGGCAGUUGGGCCGGCCCAUCCUAGACAUGCCCUACUGGAAUGCCAAGCCAUCCCCCAUGCCUAAUAUUGGUGCCAAAUAUGGACGCAAGGCUACCUGGAUUGGUGCCAGCGGAGACCAGACAUUCCUGCGGAUCGAUGAGGCCCUUAUCAACUCCCAUGUCCUAGCUACUUCAGAGAUCUUUGCCAGUAAACACAUCAUUGGCCUUGUGCCCUCCUCCGUGUCUGAGCCACCUCCAUUUAAAUGCUUGCUUAUAAACAAAAUGGAUGGAAGUUGCCGCACUUUCAAUGAUUCUGAGCAGGAGGACCUGCAGGGAUUUGGCCUGUGUCUGGAUCCUGUGUAUGAUGUCAUAUGGAGGUUCCUGCCGGCUUCAAGAGAGAUGUGGUGCUACAAUGCAGUGAUUGCUGAUGCCAGGGUGCCCUCUGCCACAGAUCUACAGGCUCGCUGUAGCAUCCUUAGCCCAGAGCUUGCAUUGCCCUCAGGAUCCCACGCCACCACCACUCGCUCUCAUGGAGCUCUACACAUCCUUGGUUGCCUGGACACGCUGGCAGCCAUGCAGGAGCUGAAGAUGGGUGUAGCCAGUGCAGAGGAAGAGACUCAGGCAGUGAUGAAAGUCUAUUCCAAGGAGGACUACAGUGUGGUGAACCGCUUUGAGAGUCACGGUGGUGGCUGGGGCUAUUCAGCUCACUCUGUGGAGGCCAUUCGCUUCUGCGCUGAUGCAGACAUCUUGCUGGGUGGGCUGGGUCUCUUCGGGGGACGAGGAGAGUACACUGCUAAGAUCAAGCUUUUUGAGCUGGGGCCUGAUGGAGGCGAUCAUGAGACAGAUGGUGAUCUGCUGGCUGAGACUGAUGUACUGGCCUAUGACUGUGCUGCCAGGGAGAAAUAUGCCAUGAUGUUUGAUGAGCCAGUGCUGCUGCAGCUGGGCUGGUGGUAUGUGGCGUGGGCCAGAGUGUCUGGUCCCAGCAGUGACUGUGGCUCCCAUGGACAGGCUACCAUAACUACUGAUGAUGGUGUGGUAUUUCAGUUCAAAAGCUCUAAGAAGUCCAACAAUGGUACAGAUGUCAAUGCGGGUCAAAUACCUCAGCUGCUUUACAGGCUUCCUUCAAAUGAUGGCAAUGCAUCCAAAGGGAAACAGCAGACCAGCGAGCCAGUUCACAUCCUCAAACGCUCGUUCGCUAGAACAGUCUCAGUGGAAUGCUUUGAGUCCCUGCUGAGUAUCCUUCACUGGAGCUGGACCACUUUGGUACUCGGUGUGGAGGAGCUACGAGGGCUGAAGGGCUUCCAGUACACGGCCACCCUGCUGGACUUAGAGAGACUGCGCUUUGUUGGCACGUGCUGCCUCCGCCUGCUCAGGGUCUACAUCUGUGAGAUCUUCCCCAUUGCUGGUAUUAAUGCAUAUCCCCAUGCCAGCACCAAAGCUGUGGUGGAGGAGUCGAGCAAGCUGGCCGAGUGCGUGGGAAAGACGCGCAGCUUGCUGAAGAAGAUCCUGUCAGAAGGCAUGGACAACUGCUUGACCAAGCUGGACAACGACCCCCAGGGCUACUUGUCUCAGCCACUUACUCUGCUUGAAGCUGUGCUGCAGGAGUGCCACAACACCUUCACUGCUUGCUUCCACUCCUUCUACCCAACUCCAGCCCUGCAGUGGGCCUGUCUUUGUGAUCUGCUGAACUGCCUGGACCAGGACAUUGCUGAGGCAAACUUUCGCACAUCCAGCAGUCGUCUGCUUGCGGCUGUCAUGUCAGCUUUGUGCAACACCUCGGUCAAGCUGACAUCCAUCCUGCCCAUUGCAUAUGACGGGGAAGUGCUUUUGCGUUCCCUAGUCAAACAAGUCAGCACAGAGAACGACUCGGCCCUUGCUCACCGCUUCCCCCUGCUGGUGGCCCAUAUGGAGAAACUUAGCCAUACUGAGGAGAACCUGAUGGGCAUGACCAGUUUCCGGGAGGUUCUGGAGAAGAUGUUGGUGAUUGUGGUGCUGCCGGUGAGGAAGAGUUUGAGAAAAGAGGUAGAGCUGUUCUCUCCACACCUGGUCUCCAACACCUGUGGUCUGCUAGCCUCCAUCGUCUCUGAGCUCACCGCUUCCGCCCUGGGCUCUGAGGUCGAUGGGCUGAACUCGCUGCACUCUGUGAAAGCAUCUCCUAACCGUUUCACCAAAACAAGCCAGGGCCGCAGUUGGAACACAGGCAAUGGCUCUCCUGAUGCCAUCUGUAUGACAGUGGACAAGCCAGGCGUUGUGCUGGUUGGCGUCUGCGUGUACGGAGGAGGGGGCAUCCAUGAGUAUGAACUAGAGGUGCUCGCUGAUGAUGCGCAGACAGAGCACCCAGGGGACUCGGCACAUUCUCACAGGUGGACGUCUCUAGAGCUGGUGAAGGGUACCUACAGCACAGAUGAUUCUCCCAGUGAUAUUGCUGAAAUUCGCCUGGACAAGGCGGUGCCACUCAAGGAAGGGGUGAAGUAUGCUGUCCGAUUACGAAACUACGGCAGCAGGACUGCUAAUGGGGAUGGAGGUAUGACCACAGUGCAGUGCUCUGAUGGUGUGUCCUUCACAUUCAGCACCUGCAGCUUGAGUAGCAAUGGGACCAACCAGACCAGAGGACAGAUCCCACAGAUUCUCUACUACAGGAGUGAGUAUGAUGGGGAUCUCCAGUCUCAGCUGCUGAGCAAAGCCAAUGAAGAGGACAAAAACUGUAGUCGAGCUCUGUCUGUGGUCAGCGCUGUGGUCAGAGCUGCAAAGGACCUGCUUCACAGGGCAUUCGCUGUUGAUGUGGAUGAUAUCCCCGAGCUAUUAAGCUCCUCCAGUCUGUUCUCCAUGCUCCUACCCCUUAUCCUGGCCUACAUUGGCCCUGUGGCUGCAUCUGUACCUAAGGCUGCUGUUGAGGUCUUUGGGCUGGUUCAAGAGCUGUUACCGGCUGUCUCUGCCCUCAACCAAAAAUACGCCCCACCCACCUUCAACCCCAACCAGUCAACAGACAGCACGACUGGCAACCAGCCUGAGCAGGGCCUGUCGGCUUGUACCACCUCCAAUCACUACUCAGUAAUUGAGAGUGACCACCCUUACAAGCAAUCUGGUGUCACACAAUACAGGGUAUCAUUCCCAGAUUGUGUCCGUUGGACCACCAUUGAGUUUGACCCACAGUGUGGCACUGCACAACCAGAGGAUGUUUUACGUCUGCUCAUCCCCAGCCGCACCCUCCACCUGUCCUGCCUUGGGGCCAAACCUCUGAUCCAUGACACCAUCAAUACCUGGACUGAGCUCAAGAAGUUCUCUGGCUCCACAGGCUGGCCAACCACUGUCCUUGUGCUCCCAGGAAAUGAAGUUCUGUUUUCAUUGGAAACAGCUUCGGAUUAUGUGAAAGAUGAGAAAGCUUGCUUUUACGGCUUUAAGUGUGUGGCUGUGGGAUAUGAAUUCAACCCUGGCCAUGAUGAGGGUACCAUCCAACUAGAGAAAGAGUUGGCCUACCUGGGCAGUGUGUGUGCUGCAGCUCUGAUGAAGAAAGACCUAGCUCUCCCUAUAGGCAAUGAAUUGGAGGAAGAUCUUGAGAUUCUCGAGGAAGCCUCUCUUCAGGUGUGUAAAUCCCACUCGGGGAUCCUGGGGAAGGGUCUGGCCUUGUCUCACUCCCCCACCAUCCUAGAGGCCCUGGAGGGGAAUCUGCCUCUGCACCUUCAAACCAAUGAGCAUUCUUUCCUUGAGGACUUCAUUACAUGUGUGCAGAGCUCAAGUGGAGGACGUCUGGCAAGGUGGCUGCAGCCAGACUCUUAUGCAGACCCCCAGAAGACAUCGCUGAUCCUGAACAAAGAUGACAUUCGCUGUGGGUGGCCAGCUACCGUUGUUGUCCAGACCAAAGACCAGUAUGGAGAUGUGGUGCAUGUUCCUAACAUGAAGGUGGAAGUAAAGGCUGUGCCUGUUUCCCAGAAGAAGUCGUUGCAGCCGGAGAAUGUGAAGAAGCUGCAGCGGCUACCUGGUAGCUCCUCCCCUUCGUCCUCCGGUCCCGACCUAACCUUUGGAGGUCUGCCUAUGCCCAAGCUAGAGGCCACAUACGAGCCCAUGAUUGUGAAAGAAGCUCGCUACAUUGCUAUUACCAUGAUGAAGGCAUAUGAAAACUACUCUUUUGAAGAGCUGCGCUUUGCUUCCCCUACCCCAAAGAGGCCCAGUGAGAACAUGCUGAUUCGUGCCAACACUGAUGGAACCUACAGUGCCAACUGGACUCCAGGAGCAGUGGGUCUCUACACAAUCCAUGUCACCAUUGAUGGAAUUGAAAUAGAUGCUGGCUUGGAGGUAGAAGUCAAAGACCCUCCUAAAGGCAUGAUACCACCUGGAACUCAGAUGGUCAAACCAAAAGCUGAACCUCAGCCCAGCAAGGUCCGCAAAUUUGUGUCCAAGGACAGCGCAGGCCUGCGUGUGCGUAGUCACCCCUCCCUGCAGAGUGAACAAAUAGGCAUAGUGCAUGUCAAUGGCACCAUCACUUUCAUUGACGAGAUCCACAAUGAUGAUGGUGUAUGGCUCAGGCUCAAUGAUGAAACAGUAAAGAAGUACGUUCCCAGCAUGAAUGGGUACACUGAAGCCUGGUGCCUCUCUUUUAACCAGCAUCUGGGCCGGAGCCUACUGGUCCCAGCCGACGAGGUCAGGGGCCAAUCGGAGGAGGACGUGAAGGAGGUGAGCAGCUGCCCUUCCCACGAGGCCCCCAAUCGGGUGCAGAACAGGGCAGGGCAGGGCGGCGGCCCGGGGCUUUAUAAGGUAGUGAAGACCGGCCCCUCUGGUCACAACAUCAGAAGCUGCCCAAACCUUAGGGGUAUCCCCAUUGGAAUGUUAGUACUUGGCAACAUGGUCAAGGCCAUAGGCGAGGUGGUCAACUCAGAGGGAACCUGGGUACAGCUGGAUAAGAACAGUGUAGUGGAGUUUUGUGAGAGUGAUGAGGGAGAGGCCUGGUCGUUGGCCAGAGACCGCGGGGGAAACCAGUACCUUCGCCAUGAUGAGGAGCAAGCCUUGCUUGAGCAUGGGGCCCAGACCCCACCCCCCAGCCCUUUCUCUGUGCAGGCCUUCAACAGAGCCGCAACUUCAAAUGGAGCACAGGGCUUUGACUAUGGCAUCUCCAACAACAAAGGUGACCGGCUGAGUGCCAUACUGAAUUCCAUUCAGUCUGGGCCCUUCCUCUCAGCAGCUCCCUCCUCCUCCGUAUUUGAGCAAGCCGCCCAACCUCCCUCCUCCUCCUCCUCCCUUGUCCACAGCCCAUUUGUGUUUGGACAAUCCCCCUCCCAACUGUCUCAGCCACAACCACAGCUUCUGAGUGAACGAGGGAACCUGAUGUCUGGUGCACGGCCCAUGUCCCCAUCCUCCAAACACCGCCAGGAGAACCGCUCCCCCAAACAGGAGAGUCGAGGUAGCCGCUCAUCGGAACAGAGCAGAACCAAGACGGGUGAGGGUGGAAUCUCAGCCAGUGAAGCCCUCAUUCUGCGGUCAGAUACAGCCAAACUGAGGUCUGACUCUCAUAGCCGCUCUCACUCGCCCAAUCACAACACUCUUCAAGCCCUAAAAGCAGAUGGUAGAACCUCAGGACAUCGGGCUGAGUCACCUAACCCUGGCUCACGCUCCUCCUCUCCCAAACAAAAAGGUGUAUCCUCUUCAGGCAGGUCUAGUCCCUCCAGCACCUCCUCCCAGCACUCCACCUCAAGCAACCAUGACAAGAAUCUCCCACCUAAAGUUAGCCCAUCCUCCAAAGCCCGGCUGGAACCUCCCAGAGAGAGAUCCAAAUCAGAUUCAUACACUCUGGACCCAGACACACUAAGAAAGAAGAAGGUCCCACUUACAGAGCCACUGAGGGGCAGGUCUACCUCCCCCAAACCAAAACUGUCUCCAAAAGAUCCAAAUAAAGGAGUGAUCAGCAAUGCAGAGAACCGUGUUCCUUCUCCACACGUAACCCAGGAGAACCUCCACAGUGAAGUGGUGGAGGUGUGUACCUCAAGUGCUCUCCUGACCAACGAGGAAGGGAACGAUGAGAAUGUGGAGGCUAAUAAUGCUGAAGACGGCUCAUGUAAGGUGCACUUUAGCAUUGGCAAAGCCCCUGUCAAAGAGGAACUGGAAAGCCGCUCUUCACCUAAGGUCAGCCGCAAAACCUCCAGUCGACACACACGCCCAAAGAAGGACAAAUCUGGGCCUCUGUUUAAAGGUGAGAGUACACCAAGGCUCACAGAGCCUGCCAAACAGGCAAUGUCACCCUCUGUGGCUGAAUGCGCAAGGGCGGUCUUCGCAGCAUUCCUGUGGCAUGAAGGUAUAGUCCACGAUGCCAUGGCCUGCUCCUCCUUCCUCAAAUUCAACCCAGACUUAACCAAAGAGCACGCACCCAUACGCAACUCCCUCGGAGGACAAGGUGCUGAGGAGAAGGAGAGCAAGUUAAAGAACCGCCACUCCCUUGAGAUUUCCUCUGCACUGAACAUGUUUAAUAUUGCGCCUCAUGGCCCGGAUAUCUCCAAAAUGGGUAGCAUCAACAAAAAUAAGGUACUGUCCAUGCUGAAAGAACCUCCACUGCCAGAAAAGUGUGAGGAUGGGAAAGGAGAGUCAGCUUCCUAUGAGAUGGCCUCUCAUCCCUCCAUAAGAGCAAAGUCAAUCUUACCGUUGACGUUACAGCAUCUGGUGGCAUUCUGGGAGGACAUUUCUUUGGCCACUAUCAAGGCAGCCACUCAGAACAUGAUCUUCCCCAGCCCAGGGUCCAGUGCCAUCUUAAAAAAGAAGGAGCAUGAGAAAGACAGUAAAAAGGCAAAGAAGGAGAAGAAGAAAAGGGAGAAGGCAGAUGUGCGCCCAAGAGGCAAUCUGUUUGGAGAGAUGGCACAACUUGCCAUGGGCGGCCCGGAGAAAGACACUAUCUGUGAACUGUGUGGGGAAUCUCAUCCUUAUCCUGUCACCUACCAUAUGAGACAGGCUCACCCAGGCUGUGGUCGCUAUGCUGGAGGCCAGGGGUACAACAGUAUUGGCCACUUCUGUGGUGGCUGGGCUGGUAACUGUGGAGACGGAGGCAUAGGAGGCAGCACCUGGUACCUGGUGUGUGAUCGUUGUCGGGAAAAAUACCUGAGAGAGAAGCAGACUGCCGCCAGGGAAAAGGUGAAGCAGUCAAGGAAAAAACCUUUGCAGGUGAAGACCCCAAGAGCACUGCCCACUAUGGAGGCCCACCAGGUGAUCCGGGCAAACGCUUUGUUCCUGCUGUCCCUCAGCAGCGCUGCCGAGCCCAGCAUGCUAUGCCACCACCCUCCCCGGCCCAUGCAUUCACAUCUGCUUCCCAGCCUCAAGGAGGGCGUGUCGGAUGAAAUCCCCAAUAAAAUGAACUGUCUCUACCUUCAAACACUGGCAAGGCAACACACAGAGAACUUUGGGGCCUACCAAGAUGACAAUCUCUUCCAAGACGAAAUGAGGUAUUUGCGGUCCACAUCUGUUCCUGCUCCCUAUAUUUCAGUCACCCCUGACGCCUGCCCCAAUGUGUUUGAGGAACCAGAGAGCAACAUGAAAUCAAUGCCUCCCAGUCUUGAGACCAGCCCAAUCACAGACAGCGACACAGCUAAGCGCACUGUGUUUCAGAGGUCUUACUCAGUCGUCGCCUCUGAGUAUGACAAGCAGCAUUCACCCUCUCCAGCCAGGAUCAAGGCUGUGCCCAGGCGCAGGGUCCAUAGCGGCGAUGCAGAGGUGGGAUCUUCACUGCUGCGCCACCCAUCUCCUGAGCUUUCCAGGUUGAUCUCGGCCCACGGCUCACUCAGUAAGGGGGAGAGGAACUUCCAGUGGCCUGUACUGGCCUUUGUUAUCCAGCACCAUGACCUGGAGGGCCUGGAGGUGGCCAUGAGGCAUGCAUUGAGGAAGUCUGCCUGCAGAGUUUUUGCCAUGGAGGCAUUCAACUGGCUUCUGUGCAAUGUGAUCCAGACCACCUCCCUGCAUGACAUCCUUUGGCAUUUUGUAGCAUCUCUCACCCCGUCACCGUUUGAACCUGAGGAUGAGGAAGACGAGGAGAACAAAGGGAACAAAGAAAUCGUAGAACAGGAAAGAGAUCUCGGUGUCUGUGAACAUCCUCUGUCAGACAUUGUUAUAGCCGGAGAGGCAGCUCACCCUCUCCCCCACACCUUCCACCGUCUUCUUCAGACCAUCUCCGACCUCAUGAUGUCACUUCCUAGUGGAAGCUCACUUCAGCAGAUGGCACUUAGGUGCUGGAGUCUCAAAUUCAAGCAGUCCGACCACCAGUUUCUGCACCAGAGCAACGUUUUCCAUCACAUCAACAACAUUUUGUCCAAGUCAGAUGAUGGAGACAGUGAGGAGAGCUUCAACAUCAGUGUGCAGUCAGGCUACGAAGCAAUGAGCCAGGAUCUCUGCCUGGUGACCUGUCUCAAGGACCUGACCAGUGUGGUGGACAUCAAAACGUCCAGUCGUCCUGCCAUGAUCGGCAGCCUAACAGAUGGCUCCACAGAGACCUUCUGGGAAUCUGGAGAUGAGGAUAAGAACAAAACUAAGAGCAUCACUAUCAGCUGUGUGAAAGGCAUAAAUGCCUCCAAUGUGUCUGUUCAUGUUGACAACUCCCGAGACAUUGGGAACAAAGUAACAUCGGUGACAUUCCUGUGUGGAAAAGCAAUAGAAGACCUCUGCAGAAUCAAACAGGUUGACCUCGACUCGCGUCAUAUGGGCUGGGUGACAAGUGAGCUCCCUGGAGGGGAUCACCAUGUGAUCAAGGUGGAGCUGAAAGGUCCAGAAAACACCUUGAGGGUGCGUCAGGUGAAGGUCCUUGGCUGGAAAGAGGGAGACAGCAUCAAGAUUCCAGGACAGAUCUCAGCCAGCAUGGCCCAGCAAAAGAACUGUGAGGCUGAAACACUCCGUGUGUUUCGCCUCAUCACCUCACAGGUCUUUGGUAAACUAAUCUGUGGAGAUGCAGAGCCGACCCCAGAGCAGGAGGAGAAAAACCUGCUUUCAUCACCCGAGGGAGAAGACAAGGUACCAUCUGAUGCAGACCUUAAAGAGCACAUGGUGGGAAUCAUUUUCAGCAGGAGCAAACUGACCAACCUGCAGAAACAGGUGUGUGCACACAUUGUCCAGGCCAUUCGUAUGGAGGCUACACGCGUGAGGGAGGAGUGGGAGCACGCCAUCUCCAGCAAAGAGAACGCCAACUCCCAGCCCAGCGAUGACGACGCCUCCUCAGAUGCCUACUGCUUUGAGCUCCUGUCUAUGGUCCUGGCUCUGAGUGGCUCCAAUGUGGGCCGCCAGUACCUCGCACAGCAGCUAACACUCAUGCAAGACCUGUUUUCUCUGCUGCACACGGCUUCCCCACGAGUACAGAGACAGGUGACAUCACUGCUCAGACGGGUCCUUCCAGAGGUGACUCCAGUGCGACUUGCCAGCAUCAUUGGAGUAAAAGCUCUGCCACCGGCGGACAUAAGUGACAUCAUCCACUCCACAGAGAAAGGUGACUGGAACAAAUUAGGCAUCCUUGACAUGUUCCUGGGCUGCAUUGCAAAAGCCCUCACUGUGCAGCUGAAGGCCAAAGGCACCACCAUUUCUGGCACAGCUGGCAUGGCUGCAGGCAAAGGGGUCACAACUGUCACGUUGCCCAUGAUCUUCAACUCUAGCUACAUCCGCAGAGGGGAGAGCCACUGGUGGAUGAAAGGCUCAACCCCUCCUCAGAUUGCAGAGAUCAUCAUAAAGCUGGUUAAAGACAUGGCCGGUGGUCAUCUUUCUGAUGCCUGGUCCAGAGUUACCAAAAAUGCAAUUGCAGAGACGAUCAUUGCUCUGACGAAAAUGGAGGAGGAGCAUCGGUCUCCUGUACGCUGCAUCGCCACAACAAGGCUGUGGCUGGCCUUGGCUUCACUGUGUGUGCUGGACCAGGACCAUGUAGACAGGCUGUCCUCUGGUCGCUGGAUGGGCAAAGAUGGGCAGCAGAAGCAGAUGCCCAUGUGUGACAACCAUGACGACGGUGAGACUGCAGCCAUCAUCCUGUGUAACAUGUGUGGCAACCUUUGUACCGACUGUGACCGCUUCCUCCACCUGCACCGACGCACACGCUCUCACCAGAGACAGGUGUUCAAAGAGGAAGAGGAGGCCAUAAAGGUAGAUCUCCAUGAAGGCUGUGGGAGGACCAAGCUGUUCUGGCUCAUGGCUCUGGCUGACUCAAAAACAAUGAAGGCUAUGGUGGAGUUCAGAGAGCACACAGGUAAACCUGCAUCCAGUAGCUCAGAUGCCUGCAGGUUCUGUGGGACGAGAAACGGAACGGAACUGUCUGCAGUGGGCAGUGUCUGCUCAGACCCAGAUUGCCAGGAAUACGCUAAACUGGCAUGCAGUAAGACUCAUCCUUGCGGACACCCGUGUGGUGGAGUGAAGAAUGAGGAGUCCUGCCUGCCGUGUCUGCAUGGCUGUGACAAGAACACUGGCUGUCUGAAACAAGAUGCAGAUGACAUGUGUAUGAUCUGCUUCACAGAGGCUCUUUCUGCUGCCCCUGCCGUACAGCUCGACUGCACUCACGUGUUCCACCUUCAGUGCACUCGUCGUGUUCUUGAAAAUCGCUGGCUGGGGCCCCGAAUCACUUUUGGCUUCAUGUUGUGUCCAAUUUGCAAGAACAAAAUCAACCACUCAGUGAUCAAGGACCUGCUCGACCCCAUUAAGGAGCUCUACGAGGACGUGAGGAGAAAGGCUCUGAUGAGGCUGGAGUAUGAAGGUCUACAUAAGAGUGAGGCAAUAACUACACCAGGAGCACGCUUCCACAACGACCCAGCAGGCUUUGCCAUGAACAGAUAUGCAUACUAUGUCUGCUACAAGUGCAAGAAGGCCUAUUUUGGGGGAGAGGCUCGCUGCGAUGCAGAGGCAGGACAGGGAGAUGACUACGACCCCAGUGAGCUGAUCUGUGGAGCAUGUUCAGAUGUCUCCAGAGCUCAGAUGUGUUCAAAGCAUGGCACAGAUUUCCUUGAAUACAAAUGCCGGUACUGCUGCUCCGUGGCUGUUUUCUUCUGCUUUGGCACCACACACUUUUGCAACGCCUGCCACGAUGACUUCCAGAGGAUGACCAGUGUCCCCAAGGAGGAAUUGCCCCAUUGUCCUGCAGGGCCCAAAGGCAAACAGCUGGAGGGCACUGAGUGCCCUUUGCAUGUGGUUCAUCCGCCGACAGGGGAGGAGUUUGCUUUGGGCUGUGGGGUGUGCAGGAAUGCGCACACCUUCUAAACACCAAGAGACUUUUACUGAAAACCAGUUUGUCCACUGUGAUUUCUGGCUGCUGCUGAAGCUCAGCCGUGAAGCUUGGCUCUUGCAUCGUCAAGUGGCCUGGACACUGGACCAGGUUUCUACCCUAGCCAAGAGUCCUCAGGUCUGCUCGUCUACCAACAUCAGUAUCCAGGCUCUGCUACAAAACACGAGUGGUGACUCAUUUUGGAUUGAGAGUAACCUGAAUGGGAAAAAAAGAACAAUAGAGUUUAAAAAAAGAAAAUAAAAAUAAGAAAAAAACUUGUGACGUGUUUGCAUGCGGCCGUUGUAUUCCCUCGGCUUCUAUAGACGUUGCACACCUCCUGAUCACUCAAGUGUAACAAUACGAGAUUAAACAUUGAGUAUGAAAUAAAUUUGCAUAAGGCAAAUGUGGAUCAGCGUGGGUUUAAAAAAAAAAAAGGAACAGGCCGUAUUUCCAGCUUCCUAACUAUGAAUUUAAAAUAUUGUUGUAUGUAAACUUUUUUCGUAAUCUUGUACAGUAUUCUCCACUGUCAAGUGCAUCAUGGGUUGACGGACAAAAAAAGAUAAGUUGGUGGUUAAGACUGUUAAGAAUAUUAUGUUUGGAAGGAAAAUAGUGUACGAUUUAUCUAAUCUUGUAUAUAAUGAUACUAUUCAAAUUAGCUGUAUUCCGAAGUUGCUACUCUUCACUUCAGUUUUGUUUGAUAUUCUGGGUUAUGUUUUGAGCCAGAACUUUUAAUGAAGUGCAAUACUGGGUGUGCCUCCUAUUUUGCAGCUGUUUAACCUAUGGAAUGUAUGUCAAUAAAGCCACUGUACAUUUUUAUACA